UGCUACAAUCACACUGGUAUUCACAUGAGAAUAAUAGACAGUAACGGUUGCCUAUGUGACAGUGACGCUCUAUCAGCACAGACAGCUGCGUUACAUUAGACCAGAUAAGUUAUUGAUCCCCAUCUUGCACUCUGCAGAAAGUCCAGCAGCCUCCCGGGAGUGUGCUGUACAUAUGAGCUCUCUGUCCUCUGUCUGUCCUCCCAUCCUUUUAUACCUCUUCCUCUCUAUCGCCUUCCUUCACUGUCCUUUCACCCCCCCCCCCCCCUUACCUCCUCUGAUCUACUCCCCUCAUUUCAUUUUCCCCCUGACUCUUUCAAUCUCAAUCCUGCUGGAUCCCCCCCCCCCCCUCUUUUUCUGUGCAUCUCUCUGUCUCCUCUCUCCGUCCAUAUGUUUAGCUUGUGUCUUGCCGUGCCCUCGAUGAGCUUUCUGUCGUGCAGUAAAAGCCGGGGGGAAAGAGCGGGGCUCACAGAAUGCAAGGUAGGAGGAGAAAUGUGCUGGUGUCAUGCAUGGUGGAUGCAGAGAGAGUUAGAAUACUUCAGGGGUGGAGCUGCAUUGACGAUUUCAUUGGAUGGUUUGAAAUGGCUUUCUACAAGGAGAUGCAGUGACAAAGGAAACAAGAAACGGGAUGAAGAGCUCCAGUUUUGGAUAUCUCCAGGUCAGAUGAUCCUGUCUGAUGAGAAGCAGCAGCCAAUCACGUGCUUCUGUAUCCGUGACCAAAGAGGAAGGGCAGCCCUUAACUUGUUGAGGAACGCUGACCGCAGAUCGAGCUUGACAACACGGUCAUCAUCCUUCUCUCUCUCUCCUCAACACUGUUGUCUUCCAGAGGAGCCAGUCCAGCAGUCAGCACUUACGUCUUUAGCUUCUUCUGUCUCAGAGCGCCCAAAGGACGCCCCAUGGACAAGACUUAUCUUAAACAUGCAGGACAUUUUCCCUUUGAUCACAAAGAAUGUAAAUUUGAAAACCCAGCAGCAAACUACUACAAUGGAUCAGCCUGAUAGGUUUUUCAUUUUCUGUGGUGAGGACAUACCAGCACCACUUUUUAGUGACAUUUGCGACACUCGAGAUUGUAGGACAUUCAUAGGGAACACUGGUUGUCAUAUCAGUGAUAACAACAAUGUGUCACCUGAUUUAAAAGACCCCACUGCCCAGCCGCCCUCUGAUCCCAACAACAACUAUGAGGAUGAUCAGAAUGAAAUGGUCAUCAGAGACAAUUUUAAUAUUCGCACUCGUAAGGGUCUUUUAAAAUCCAGUCAGAACUACAAAUGUCCCGGAGACUCAUCUGGAAGGGACAGCAAUGUGAAGAUGAGGAAGAGUGUGUCCUUCGAUGAUGAUGUCACGGUCUACCUGUUUGAUCAGGAGAGGCCCACCGUGGAGCUGCACUCUGAGCCCUGCACAUCUCUGCCACGCAGCUCUUUCUGCAACCUGCCAGAUGUUACAUCAGACGACAGUGGCUUGGAGUGGGAGGACGACUUCUCAGCUUUGGAGAAGAACUGCCAUUUUCAGUGUGUGGGUCACUCUCGGCGCUGCAGCCUCUCCCUGCCGACACAGAGCUGGGCUGCUCAGUCCAGGCCGGAGCGUUACUUUCUGUCCCAAACCUCCCUGUUCCUCACCCAUGUCACUGAGUCAGACCUUGAGCUGUGAGAUAAACGCCGGCCUUGGUCUAAUGGAAAAACUGACUAAUCGUCCAGAUCUCGUCCUCCUCACCUCCAACUCAUCUCCCCACCUCCCUCCUCUUUUAUGAUGAGUCAGGGAUUUUAAUGGCUUUUCUUUUUUUUUUCCCCCUAUCUUUUCCUCUCUGCCCCAAAUGGAUUCAAAGCACCUGCCGUUCAUGACAUCACAGCCAGGCAGGACUGUGUGACAGUGCAUUCAGCUUUAACAGUUGUUGGUAUGACAUGACCACUGGCUCGGAUGUGAAAGAACAGCCAGUUGCGUAACAGAGCUGGUACCUUUCCAGCUGCAAACCUCUUUGGGAGCUGCUAUUCACGCCAGCUUGUGUCCUUGGACCUGAGCUGUGAAGCAGUGACACAAAUGUGUUCAUUUCCAACUUACACAAGUUUAAUAAAUUGUCAUCUGUGUCUGAAA